AUGACUGCACAGUUCAGGGCCUCCUACCUUUUCCCCCUCCUCCUAGCUGGCUUUGUGCAGACAAAUCCCAAGGUGGAGAAGAUGAAGAUGGAUUGCUACAAAGACGUGAAAGGCACCAUCUAUGAGUACGACGCCCUCGCGCUCAGUGGGAAGGAGCGCGUCCCGUUCAGGCAGUACGAGGGCAAGCAUGUCCUCUUGGUCAACGUGGCCACCUACUGUGGUCUAACAGUCCAAUACACUGAUCUGAACACACUUCAGGAAGAGCUGAAGCCAUUUGGACUGGUUAUACUGGGCUUCCCCUGCAACCAAUUUGGAAAGCAAGAACCAGGAGAGAACUCAGAGAUCCUUCUGGGACUGAAGCAUGUCCGUCCAGGGGGAGGAUAUGUACCAAAUUUCCAGCUUUUUGAGAAAGGUGAUGUGAAUGGGGAAAAAGAACAGAAGGUUUUCACCUUUUUGAAGAACUCCUGUCCUCACCCCUCUGAGCUUUUGGGGUCUUUCAGACAAAUCUCCUGGGACCCAAUAAAGGUCCAGGACAUUCGCUGGAAUUUUGAAAAGUUCCUGGUGGGGCCUGAUGGAGUCCCUGUCAUGCGCUGGUCCCAUCGGGCUCCAGUCAGUACAGUCAAGUCGGACAUCCUGACGUACUUGAAGCGGUUCAAGGCUAAUUAG